AUGUCGUCGAAGGACAAAUCCGAUGAUUCAGUGGCUCAUUCCAAAGGGACUGGUGCGGAUGGGUCUAUCCGCGAAACCGCACCGCGGAUAAGCAUUUCCACGGAUAACUUAUCCGCGGAUGAAAUUCCCACGGAUACCGCAGUUUCUGCGUAUCCGCAAAAAACAGCCGGAAAUUUGCGGGACUAA